UAUCAGAGAGGAAAUCUAUUACUAUCAUAUUAGAAUUUGAAUUUUCAUGUAAAUUAUUAUAAAAUUUCGUUUAUUUUCUAAAAGUAUAACGUAUGGCGAUAAUUGAUAAGAUAAUACAUAAUCGCUGUUUUAUAGAAUUUGUAACGAAAAUUUUUAUGUUGGCAGUAUGUAUUGACCUGUCAUAUAUGUCGGGUGUUUAUUCUUUUAAAAAAUUAAUAUAUUAUAAAUAUGAUCGUUGUAUAGCCGUGAUAAUUGGUAAAAUCAAUUUGAUUUUCUUAUACAGCUGAUGUAUGUAUAUGCCCAGAGGGAAAAGAAGCUAACAGUAUUUUUUUAUAUUUUAAUCUGAAUCUUUUUAAAAAAUUUCAAUAACUAUAAUUUAAAUAAUGUUUAGGCAAAGCAUUUAAUAUGACUGCUACACCAGCAUUUAUUGAAGGUUGGAGCCUAGAUAAAGUUUUAGGUUCUGGAGGAUUUGGUAUCGUCGAACUUUGGAUACAUAAAAGUGGUAAAAAGCUUGCAAUUAAAAUAUGCAAACGGGAGGUUGCACAAUUAAAAGAAGCGCAACGUAAAAGAUGGAUUAAUGAGGUCCAGAUAAUGAAACGUUUGAGGCAUCCAAAUAUCGUUAAAGGGCUAAAUUUACCAUUUAAACAUCCUGACGAUAAAGUAGAUUUACCUUUAUUAUGUAUGGAAUUUUGUAGGAAAGGCGAUCUGAGAAAGGUUCUAAGAAAAGUGGAAAAUUGUUGCGGUGUUAGUGAAAAAGAAGCAAUUAGUGUAAUGAAAGAUAUUUCUUCUGCGAUAGAAUACUUACAUUCCAAUAACAUUACUCAUCGUGAUCUGAAACCUGAAAAUAUAGUUUUACAAGAUGAACGUGACAUCAUUUCAUAUAAAUUAAUAGAUUUAGGAUAUGCAAAAGAACUUGGAGAGGAUAGUACAUCUGGCUCUUUAGUAGGUACAUUAAAUUAUAUAGCUCCAGAAUUACUAUGGAAACAGACAUAUAGUUGUUCCGUGGACUAUUGGAGUUUGGGCAUUCUUUUUUAUGAACUUGUUACUGGAACAAGACCAUUUUUACCUAAAAUGCAACAUACUAUGUCGUGGAUGCAACAUAUUAGAAAUAAAACAUAUGAUGAUAUCUGUGCUUUCAAAUCAAAAGGGAAGGUAGUUUUUGGUCAAGAUAUUGCUGACCCUACAAACUUAUCAAAAAAUCUUCGAAAUAAAUUAAUAGAAUGGUUUAAGGUUGUGUUACAAUGGGAUCCAAAGAAAAGAGGGAAACAAUAUGAAAGUGGAAUAUCGAAGCUUGUGGUAUUUGAAUUACUGCAUUCUAUUUUAUCAAAACAGAUAGUUCAUGUGUUUGUUGCAUCGAUGUAUAAAAUUAAUACAUACGAAAUAGACAGCACUACUAAGAUUACAGAUUUACAACAUAUGAUUGAAAAGGAUAUUGAUAUACCAAUAAAUCAACAAACUUUAACAGAUUAUUUUGGUAAAAUUCUUAUUGAAAAUCAAGCACCACUUUUAUCACAAAUUCAGAAUACGGAUUUAUUUGUCUUUAAAAAUGAGAGUCCUUUAAUAGAGACUAUCCCUAUACCAGUAAUCCCUAUAGAAAUUCGAAAAAUGAUGGAAUUGCCAAAAGGUCUGUUGGAUUUUGAAACGUUACAAGAUUAUUGCAGAGUAACAAUAUUUUUUAUCAGGCAACAAAUAAAUUUGUUUCAAUUGUAUAUUUUUGCCUUAACUAUAAAAUUAGAUUUGGUAAUCGCAAAACUUGAUACAUUUAAUAAAAAUAUGACAAAUACAUUAACAACUAUAAAUAAUCUUCUAAGUGAACUAUCUAUAUUUCGUAUUAAAUGGGAAGGGGGAUCUACAAAUAAGAAGGAAUUGACAGCUUUGGAAAUUAAUUGUAAAAAAGUUACUAAACUUGUUAAGGCUGCUAAUCAAAUAAAAUUAAAAUUUAAUCCAUUGAUACUAGAAAGCAGUAGAUUAAGCAAUGAAGUAAAAUCUAUUGAUUGUAUUAAAGAUAUGUUUCAAAUAUAUAAUAAAAUCGCAAAAAUCUAUGAGUUGCAUAGAGAUGAAUAUUCUCAUAAAAAUGCAAGGCCAACAGAAAUAGCAAAAUUAAUCUUUGAAUUCUUGAAAGUACAAGGAGUAGAGUUUCACAAUAUUUCUGAAAUUAUAAAACAAAUAGCGAAAUUAGAAUCAGAACUCCGAACAUUGGAAAUGAUUUUUGACUCGGUUAUUGCUAUGAAGACAGUGUACUGUGAAGAACUUCAAAAUAUAACACAACAUCUCACUUCUAAUGCGUUCGAUAUUUCUAAUAAAGAACAUUUAAGUCUAUCUACCUCUACAAAUAAAGCUACAAACAUUUUAUUAUACGAUAGUACGGAAAUGUCAAAUGAAUGUGAUAGUAAUCAAUUUUUAAAUAUAUCUAGUAUGAAACAUAAGGAAAAGCUGGACACAGAAAAUGAUGUGAUAUAUGAUAACUUAGUGAUACGUUACACGUUAGAUAAUCUUUUGACAGAAAUGCAAAAAAGAUACAUGGAACUGCUUAGCUUGGAACCAUAAACACAAAUAUAGAAUUAUAUUGUAGUGAUCUUGAUGCUCUUGGAAUAUAAUGUCGCACGCCCCAUUUAAUAUUAGCAUUUUCGUCUGUUUUGAUAUAUGUAUAAAUGGGACCAUUUGUUAUAUUUUUCAGUCUCAUUUUCCAUCCAACAUUAUUUGAUGAUGUUAAAUGAUCUGUAAAAGAUUAUAUAUCAGUAUGAAAGGUGUUGAAGAUAUUCUAUUAGGGGAAUACCAAAAUUUUAUUUUAUGUGCUGGUCUAAAAUUAACUGUGAGGACACGAAACGUAUGAUAGUAAUAUAUAAGCAUGUACACAUGUAUAUGCGCAGUGAAAUUAAAUUCAGUUCAGCGUCAAGAUAAGAAUACAUGAUGAUGAAGCUUUUCUGUAAAGUGCUGUAUGAUGUGCAAAAUUAUUUGAUCUUUUCAAGAUAUCUUACAGCUGUUCUUACAUAUUGUACGACAUUUUACGUGAAAUCUGCAAUAUACGUUUAUGGUUAAUGUAUUAUGUACAUUAAUGAUUAAUAUAUAUUGUAUAUACGUGCGUGUAUAUAUCCUUUCUUUACAUAUUUUAAGUAAUGUUGUAAAAUUACUUUAGUGAUAGGAUUUAUAAAUGUUAUUUAUAAUUUGAAUUUAUAAA